UAUAUGAUUAUACUAAGUUUAAAACAAAUUUACAAACCCGUAUCUACGUAAUUAUGGCUAAUAUAACCAUUGAACUCCUGAGAAAACGCUGUGAACACAAUGAAGGCGAAAUAGGUACACUAGAAGAACUUUCAUUACACCAGGAAGAUUUAAUCAAAAUCGAACAUUUGCAAAACUGGUGCAAAGGAUUGAAAAUAUUACUCUUACAGUCCAAUUUGAUAUUUAAAAUAGAAAAUUUAAAUAAAUUGAAACAGUUGGAGUAUUUAAAUUUGGCUCUGAACUGUGUUGAAAAAAUAGAAAACUUGGACCGAUGCGAAUCGUUAAACAAACUAGAUUUAACGAUGAAUUUCAUAGGCGAAUUAACUAGUGUGGAAACGUUAAAAAACAACAUACAUUUGAGAACGUUGUUUCUAACGGGUAAUCCUUGUACGGAUUAUGAUGGAUAUCGACAGUAUGUUAUAGGCACGUUGCCUCAAUUGGACACUCUCGACGGCGAAGAAAUCACUCAUUACGAUAAAUUAGUAGCCAAACAAAUAUUGCAAGACAUCAAACAAAAGAUAAUCAUCCAACAGUCAGAAUACAUUAGACGUCAAGAAGAAAAGCGUAAAUCGUCAAAUAAAAAUCCUUUGAAAAUUAUCGAAGAGAACCUAACUACCGAAGUCGACGAGAACGCCGAUAAAGAUUUUUGGAAUAAACCGAGUGAAAACACACCGGAAUGUCGAGUUGAAAUGGCCAUGCACACUAGAAGGGCUCAGCGAAGAAAAGAAUCCAAGGAAACGGCCAAGGAAGUUAAAUGGCAGCCUAAGUUAUUCCGGGACAACGGUCGUCCUUACAAUAUCAAUCAGGCAAAAGUGGGUUACGACAUGGAAAACGAAGCGGAUCAAUACAUUUUGACGGUUCAAGUUUACAAAUAUUUGGACACAAGCGAAUUAGAUGUGGACGUUCAACCUAAUUAUGUGCGUGUCACGAUCAGAAAGAAAAUAUUACAAUUAGUGUUGGACGAAGAGGUUAAAACGGACGAAUCCAGCGCAAAGCGUUUAGUGGGAUCAAAAUUACUUGAAAUAACAAUGCCAAAGGCAAAACCCAUUAUAAGACCAAACCAAAAUAAAUGCAAGAAUAUUGGCAAAGUCGUUAAUAAUAUAAGUAAAACGGUUCUACUGGACGAUAUGAAAGACAAUAAGAAGCCUAUCGAAUUUUGGAAUAUUGUUGAUGAAAAGAAAACCACAAAUAAAUUUCAAAACGCUAAUGUUCUCGAAGAUUUUAUAGAUAACUCUGAAGUACCACCUUUGGAAUAAGAAGUCUUAGUUAUAAUCGUUAAUACCAUUUAACAAUAACAUUAGUUUAUAUUAUAUUUGUGAUAUGCA